AUGACCAAGAUAACAGCGUACCCGCGCACUUUUCGCCGGGUGCUAGUGCGCCACCGAAUUCUCCGCUACUUACUGCUCGCCUUUAUCGCAUGGAACCUAAUCGAGCUCCUUUUGAUCCUACGCCGUAUUUCCGAAAUAGACGUUAUUUAUCGGGAACGCCCCCGCAGACAAGAACGCAUCUAUAUUGCCAGCGUGAAUUGGAAUAAUGAGAUCAUUCUCCGAAGCCACUGGAGUCAAGCCGUGCGGGAUCUGGCGUGGAAACUCGGUCCGGAGAACGUAUAUAUCAGCAUCUAUGAAAGCGGCAGCUAUGAUAAUACCAAGGGCGUGUUGAUGGAUCUCGAUGCGGACUUGGAGCGCCUCGGCGUACCUCGGACUAUCACGCUAUCGUAUGUGACUCACGAGGAUGAGAUCAAUGCACCACCGAGUGGUGAGGGCUGGAUUGUCACGCCACAAGGGAAGAAGGCAGUGAGACGAAUCCCGUAUUUAGCACGGGCACGGAAUCUGAGUCUCGAACCACUCUAUGAGCUGGCUAAGCAGGGAAUCACAUUUGAUAAGGUUCUGUUUCUCAAUGAUGUGGUGUUCACACCAAAUGAUGUCUUCGAAUUAUUAGAUACCAACGACGGCGACUACGCCGCAGCCUGCUCAAUGGACUUCUCCAAACCACCUCACUACUACGACACCUUUGCUCUGCGUGAUGCCAGCGGGCACGAGGCCGUUAUGUCUACAUGGCCCUUCUUUCGUGACUCUGUGUCCCGUCAUGCUAUGAAAAGCAUGUCUCCGGUUCCAGUAAAAAGCUGUUGGAAUGGAAUGGUCGCCAUGCCAGCCGCUCCGUUCAUAAGCGAAACCCCAUUACGCUUCCGAGGAAUUCCAGACUCUCUCGCGGCGUCACAUCUCGAAGGUUCCGAAUGCUGUCUGAUUCACGCGGAUAACCCGUUGACAGCUCAACACGGCGUCUAUGUUAAUCCUCUGGUGCGAGUCGGAUACAGUGGGCCGGCUUAUGUGGCCGUCAACCCGAUGAUCAACUGGCUUUCGCCGAGGACAAUCUUGCAGGGACUGUGGACGAAUCGACUUCGACGUUGGACUAGCUCUCCCUGGUUGAAGGAGAGAAUUGUUUCGAAUCGUGUUGCUCAAUGGGCUGGCUUGUCUGAUGAGAACCGUGAACUUGGACAAUUCUGCAUCAUCAAUGAGAUGCAGAUCCUUCACCCUUGGGGAUGGGUCAUGUAUAGUAUUUUGCACAAAGUGAUAUUUAUACUGGAACAUAUUCAUUUGAACAAUGGCAGGGAGACUCGAUCUGCACCACUAAUGUCCUCGCUCCAUCUGCUCGACAACUUUGGGUCGCUUCUCUUCCCAUUCAUCCCAAACAAUGGAAAACACGGCAGUAUGUCUUCCUAUCGCUUCCCCCGAUGA